AUGCACACGCACUAUGCUAUGCUGUUGGCCAUCUUGUUCUUCUUAGCGAGUAUCGACACUGUCUCGGCGCACGCACAACCGAAGCCAACCGUUGUUUUAAGGCAGCAUUUUCCCGCUCAUUUACUCACUAGCAAUGGGAGUGUGGGCGCCGCGAAAAGGCUUCUCCGAUCGUACAAGGUGAGCGCAAUAGACGGCUCCAACACUGAAGACGAAGCAGACAGCGAAGAGAGAUUAAGCGUAUCGAAGCUUGUUCAACUGGACCGAGCGACAUGGAGACUUCGGAAAGUUGAUAUGAAGUUGUCGGAGCUGAUAUGGAUUGCAGCGGGAAGGACUCCUGCGUUUAUGUUUAAGCGUUUCCACCUAGAUUCAGGGAAGAAGAUUAUCCUGGAGAACAAGAAGCUGGUCCAGUGGUUUAGAUUCACGCAGACCUACAGGAACAAGAAGGGGGGGGUCGACAAUUUUCCUGAUAGAAAAAUCGUCUCGCUACUGGAAAAGCACAUUUCGAAGACCCAAAUGAAAGCUGUGCUCUAG